AUGGAUCCUGUAGAAAACAGCUUUUUGGAUCAACAACAAUCGCAGCAGCAGCAGCAGCAGCAGCAGCAGCAGCAACAGGAUCAACAAGAUCUGCUGGAUCAGCUGCAAUACGAUCUGCUCGCAUUUGAUAAUCUACAGUUUCUACCAAACGAGUUUGAUGGUAGUAAUGGAUCCAACAUGGCACACCAUGACAUUUCGUUUCUGCCUCAGCAAGCUCUGUCGACCCCUUUGCCCACCCCAAACUACUGUACGCCCCCGAUACAUCCUCACACAGAGGAACUAGAGGAGUUCUUGACCCCUCUUGUAUCGCCUGCCAUCACGCCGAGGUUUAGCGAAAUCUAUCAGUUUUUAGAUCCACCAGGUGAACAGUACUUUACGCCCCUCAGUUCACCUGCAUUGCUGCCAAAUGUUGAUCAGCAGCUCAACCCGAAUGUACCCUCUGAUUCUGUCAAUGCCAUGCAAGAUCCAACAUUGCUUGCUCAGCAAUUGGCACAAAUCGAAGCAAAGCAAUCAAAACUACGAGAACAGAUGAAAAUCUCACCGACUAUAUCUCCAACCUACCGAAAGAGUCCGCUUGCCAUGUUAUCCAAUCGGUCCCAAACGCCACCAUCACCAUUGCCAUUCAAUAACAAUAACACCAAGAAACGCCCAAGUUUGAGACAGAAGAUUGCAUUGGCAAGCCCUCAGCUUCAUUCCUCUCAAAACCACCAUAUAAACCUCCCUACAAUACCUGCUACACCUGGAUCUCUUAUGAAUAUGAGUCAUCAUCUCAGUCAAGCAUCCUUAGAUUCACCCGUACAAGAGAGGGAAUUAGCGGAUAUUAUGCCCUCGCUACCGCCCUCAGCUGUGGUAGAGUCAUCAUCUGCAGCAAAGAAAAGAAAGCUGGCUCCCUCUUCUCCCAUGACAACCUCUUCACCAAGAUCUCUCAAACCACUCAUAUCUCCCUUCUUGCAACCGGAUCUCCGAAACAGUCACCUGAUCAACCAGGUCCAGACACCUGGCAUAGAAAAUAGACGUUCGGCGCACAAAGUAGCCGAGCAAAGACGACGGGAUACUUUAAAGCAAAGCUUCGAUUCACUCAGAAGAGAAAUUGUAGAAGUCAUGGUCAAUGACUCUGAGAAAAAAGAGGAAUCUGUCAGGGAAGAAAAAGAAAAAGAAGUUAAACUGAUGAGCAAAGUUUUAUUAUUACAACAUUCCUAUGAAUACAUUGUUCGACUAAAGACAGAUUCGCGCCUGAAAGACGAUAAGAUAUCCACUAUGCAAGCAGAGAUCAAUAGACUAAAGGAAUUGACUCAAGCAUCAAAAGAAUAA